AUGCGUGCAGGCCGUGACGGCCGCUGUGCCUUUGUAGCGGGUGCCCGCCCCGGCGAGCCCCCCACCGCGGCCUGGACCUGCGCGGUGCUGCUGGGCAAGGUGGCGCUGCAGGCGGUGGUGGUGACGCUGCUGGCCAACCUGGAGAUGCACCGCUUCCUCAUGCACAGCCUGUGGGCCGUGUGCAUCUGGAACCUGGUGGCCAUGGCAGUCGAUGCCAGCGCACCCUUUGUGCAGUACGCUAUGGGCAUGCCCCUCAACCCCUCCAUGAACCAGCCCUACCUGUCUGUCACAAUCCAGGAGUUUUGGUCACAGCGGUGGGCAUAA